GCGGCGCUGUUGUGCCGAAUUUCGAUCUCCUGUACGAUGUAGAGCUGCUCAGUCGGGUUAGUGGAGACAAUCGAAAGGUUUCCAGCUGGCCAACACAUAAAGUGCUGUUUUGUGAAAAAAAAGCUUGAAGAUCGAUUAAAAUGGAUGGACAUAAGGCUGGAAUUGAGCUUUUCCUUGUGCGGAAUCACUUCUACCUGGGAAAUUACCAGGAAUGUAUCAACCAAGUGCAAAAAGUUAAGACUCCAUCCCAGGAAAAGGAUAUGUUCUUCUAUCGCUCCUACAUAGGACAGAAGCAGUACGGAAUCGUGCUGGAUGAGGUGAAGAAAGACAGCGAAAUUUACCCCAUCCGUUUAAUUGCUGAGUACUUCACGCAAGUGGACAAAAGACCCGCCCUCGUCCAACAAGUUGAUGAUUACGUGGAGAAGAAUCGUGGUACAUUGGAUCCGGCUUGGAUAAUCACUGCCGGCACCAUUUACUUUCAAGAGGGCCUCUAUGAGAACUAUCUCAGCAUCGCUGGUGAGGAUUUGGAGUCCCUGGCGCUGAGCAUUCAGUGUCUUUUGAAGUUAAAUCGUGUGGAUCUGGCUAAGAAGACCUAUGAAACCAUGCAAAAGACAGAUGAAGAUGCUACGCUGACACAACUGGCCCUCGCCUGGAUCUUCAUGGAAGUCGGCGGGGAAAAACUCCAAGACGCAUUCUACAUCUUCCAGGAGUUUUCAGACAAGUACUCUCCCACGGUUACUCUUCUCAACGGCCAGGCUGUGUGCCAGAUUGGUCAAGGAAAAUAUGAGGAUGCCGAGGCCACUCUUCGCGAGGCUCUUAAUCGUGAUCCGAACAACUACGAUACCCUCAUCAAUCUUAUAUCUUUGGCGCAGCAGCAGGAGACUGGCUGGGAAAUCCCGCAGCGCUAUUUAACCCAGUUGCGAGAGAAUUACCGGGAAUCGCCCUACAUUAAGGACUAUACAAAAAAGGAGGCAGAUUUCGACAUACUUGCCUUGCAAUACGCGCCCUCGAAACCCCUAAAUUUGGAGGCAUUCUGAAAAUAAAGCUCACGAGUAUUGU